UGCCCCGCCCAUCCAACGCUGGUCCCCUCGUCUAUCCGCCGACCCGUCUCGUCCAGUCCGUGCGUAGCCAUGCCCGACCCGAAGCCCGACAAUUUUGUCAGCCGCAACUUGCCGGCCACAAUCUUCGCCAACGGAUUUGCCUUUUGCUUCCCACACGGCCAGGAGUGGUGCCAUCUCUGCUGCGUCGACCACCGUCUUACCAACAACGUCAUUAUGGAGGACGAUCUGACACCCGAGCAGCACGAGGAGGUGCAGGACGGCGGUGGCGACGACAGGCCGUCCGUCUCCAUCUACGGCAAGUUCCAGGUCCUGCCCGACGACCGGAUCUCGUGCACGAUCCACGAGGUCGUGGGCUGCAAAUUCUGCUUCGACUUUCCCAAGAUUGUCCUCCGCAGCAUCCAGAGCGAAAAGACCUGGGUCAGCAAGCGGUCCAGCUACCUGAGCAACUAGCAUCGGGCUGUUCUUGGCUUGCUGUCCCGGCCGUCGCUGGGAUCCUCCUCCUCCAACCACCACCACCACCACUCGUCCUGCAAUUUCUCUCCGUUCUCCGAGCUCCAGACGCCUGGUCGCUGCGGGCUAGGGUCAAUGUGGCCAUGUCCCCGUCCAGGCCAGGGUGCCCUGUAUACUGUCCUGUGCAUGGCCGUGUUCGUCUGCCUGAUUUUCGCCCAAGGGCUGCCCUGGUCAUCGGACCGCCGGCUGUCUGGCGACGAAUACAAAUCGUCAACGAAUGGCCCGAGUGUGCACUGGAGGAGAACCCAUA